UAUAACUGCUUUCGGCUGGCCCAAGACGAAGGGAACCAAGAAAAAAGCCAGGCCCAUUAGCCCACAACAGCCAAAAAGCCUGCAUCUGCAGCCUUUUUAUUUUAUUUAUUUAUUUUCUUUUCGUUUCUACAGUCACUUCCAUUGAAAAGCCGGUAUGCAGCCCUCAUAACCAACCGAACCAUUGUCCCUGUAUACACGUGGCGCAAUAUCACAUGCAAGCGAUGAUACACCGUAGACCUGCGUUGCAGGGAAGCAUGUAACUAGAAAGUCGUGCUCUCCACGCGAAAUGGAGUGCAGCCACGAAGGGUCCCUUGCAUUCCAAAUUCAGGCUUCGAGAAAAGCUCCUUUCUAACCCCAACGCCAUCAUUCCUCUUCAUCGUUUCAUUCAUCCAACGACGUCGUCUCCUUUUCCGUUCUCUCCCUGAAUUCCGUAUCCACAGUUUUCUGAUUCAUGAUUCAUCCAAAAAAAUCUAGAAGAAUAAACCAACAACGUCGUUAUCUUGAUUGUUCUCCGUCAUCGCUAUAUCAUCGCUCAUCAAAUUCCCGCUGCGUAAAAAACGACAUUGAUUAUCUUUCAAACAAUAUCAUCGGUGAAUCUCAUUCUGAUUCAUCUUAUUCGCGUGGGUACGUGACGUUUCCGGAGCGACGCCGUUGUGGUCACAAUGCGGCGCUGCAACAGCCAGAUUCCGGCGCCGCUUCCGUCACCGAUCCCGACUGGGAGAGGGAUGCGAUCCGCCGCGAGCGAGAUCUUCAGCCAGUUCCUGGAGAAGUCACUGCAUCUGCCGGAGCUGACGCUACCGGUAACGCACCUCCCGCCGGCUCCAGCGGAGAUCGACUUCCGGUCGCUGCCGCUGGCCUCCUCCGAUCUGAUGUUGCGCUCCGCCAGAGAGUUCGGGGCGUUCCGCAUCCGGUGCCACGGGAUCUCCGGCGUCGAGCUCCAAACUAUGGCGGACGAAGCCGAGAGCGUUUUCCAGAAAUUGCGAAACGUCGCCGUCGAGCUUAACGGAACUGACGGAGAACUUAUUCCCUGCGUUCGCUCUAGCAAAGGGUCAAUGGAAUUUACCGUCAACGAUAUUAUCCGCGAUCAAGCGGAUCGGAACUUUUGGGUUCACAUGGGGAAUGUUGCAAGUAGAUUGGAUAGUAUAGUUGAGCAAGUGAGUCUGGUUCUACAGGACAACACAUCUGUAGAGUUUCAGGAGCGGAUUCAAGAUACAGAGUCUGUGAUUUGCUUGUGCAGGUAUCCACACGAUAAUGUUACCAAACAAAAUGAAGACUCUUCGGUUAAGAGAAAAGACAGAUAUUGUGAUCAUGCUUUGCGUUUCUACCUUCCAAUGGAACAAUGUAUAUUUUACGUCCAAACUGAAAGAGGUCCCCUAUCAUUUGACGCAGGUCCACAUAAUAUAGUUGUCACAGUUGGCAAACAAUUACAGGAGUGGAGUGAUGGUCAAUUCAAAAGUGUUCCUGGGGAAAUGAUCUUCAUGCCGAGUUUACAGAGUAGCUCUGCUUCUUUCUCCAUAGAGCUUAUAUGUUCAGCCCCUUCAAAUGUUCCAAGUCAGGGUUUAAACAAUUCUGAAGACUCUGACAAAAUAAUAUCCUUGGCUGAUCAACUUCUUUUUGUAUUUUGUCUUAUAUUUUUAUACAAAUUUUUAUACUUCGUGUUUUCCUGAUCCCCAGAACACGGUUGCACCAUUUUUAUUUAUUUGGAUGCCUGUUGCGUGGUCAUGAUGUAGCUGUUACCCAGAUACAUCAACUUUUUCUUCUGUAAUUUAUUUAUAAAAAGCCAUUUUGAUGUACA